CGCCACUUCCUCCGCCGUGACGUCAUCGCUGGCGCGGUACGUUCGAGUUUGUCCGUCGCAGUUUUAAGAGGCUGUGUCGACUGCUUUGUGUUUCUCUGAAUUGAGCUGAUACUUCAGUCCACUUUAGUGAUGGACAUGUCUGCUGCUGAUCAACACAUGACUGAUGUCGGACUCAUCCGACCAGACGUGCACAUAGAGGUUCAUGUGAAAUCUGAGAGUACGGUGAAGAGAUCUGAUGUACGAGCUCAUGUGCUCUCACUGCUGGAUCGACACAGCUCUGUUUUAGGCUCCUACAAGUGGACGGAGUUUGACAAUGAAUUUCUAACAAGAAAUGUGCAGUCAGUCACGGUCACAGAUAUAACUGGUUUCAAACAGUUUGUAGAUCUGAAGCUCCACAACCUCUGUAUCUAUAUAUUCUCUCUCAAUGACGAAGUUCCAAACACACUCACACUGGAGGAGGAGGAGGAGCUCUCUGCUGCCAAUCAUUGGCUCCUCCCAUCAGCUGAGUUUCAUGGUAUUUGGGAGUGUUUAAUUUAUGAAGACAACAUCAAAACACAGCUCUUGGAUUAUGUGACCACCACAAUUUUCUUCUCUGACAAAAAUGUCGACAGCAAUCUGAUUGCCUGGAAUCGAGUCGUCUUACUUCACGGGCCGCCUGGCACGGGAAAGACGUCUCUGUGUAAAGGACUCGCUCAGAAACUCUCCAUUAGAUUGUCUGGAAGGUACGCAUAUAGCCAGUUUGUGGAAAUCAACAGUCACAGUCUCUUCUCCAAGUGGUUCUCGGAGAGUGGAAAACUUGUUACAAAGAUGUUUCAGAAGAUUCAGGAGCUUAUUGAUGAUAAAGAUGCCCUGGUGUUCGUACUUAUAGAUGAGGUGGAGAGUCUCACAGCUGCACGAAACGCUGCACAGGCUGGAACAGAGCCUUCUGAUGCCAUACGGGUUGUGAAUUCUGUCCUGACCCAGCUGGACCAGAUCAAACGGUACCCGAAUGUGGUGAUUCUCACUACAUCAAAUGUGACCGAGAAGAUUGAUUUGGCUUUUGUAGACAGAGCUGAUAUAAAGCAGUACAUCGGCCCUCCCAGCGCCAACGCAAUAUUUCACAUUUACCUGUCCUGUCUAGAGGAACUCAUGAAGUGUCAGAUCAUCUACCCCAGACAGCAGCUGUUGAGACUGGAGGAACUGAUCACCAUGAACUUCAUGGAAAGUGACUUGACUCAUCUGAGUUUAAUGUUGAGGAAAAUCUCGCAGAAGAGUGUUGGAUUCAGCGGACGGACUUUGAGAAAAAUCCCAUUUCUGGCUCAUGCGCUCUAUGGAAAGACCCCCACACUGACAGUGGAGAGUUUUCUGAAGGCGAUGGAUCGUGCUGUGGACAAUCAGAAACAGGAGCAAGCAAACCUGGUCAACUGUGUUUGAACACAACAUUACAGCAACAAACAUGUGUUUUCUCAUCCGCACAUCACCGUGAUCCUCGAACACACCAGACGUUUUCACCCGUUGAGUCUGUUGACUUGUUUUAUUUGAAGUUAGGACGGCACCGUGAGCAUUUUGAAUCUGUUCUGUUUUAGGAGAGGUUUUGAGCUCAUUUUCAUAAGGUGUGCGAAAUUCUGCUUGUUGUGACGGAGGUGAUCCGUUUGCUUAUAUGCAGAUCUUUUUUAUGUUCGGAUUUUAUACAUGUACAUAUUUAAACAUUUGAUUAAAAUGAGUGAAAUGUCACAUACCUUUGUUCUUUUUGAACUGAAUUAGUUCAGCCAAAAAGGAAAAUUAUUUUAUUUGACAAUUGAAAAUCAAACAGCAUUGAACCCCACUGACUUCCAUUGAAUGAACACUAAAGAAAGAAUCACCAUAGAGAGUGAAUUAAUGAUGACAGAAUUUUGAGUGAACUAUCACAUGCGAGUGUUCUAGUGUGAAUCACACUUCACUACCAGCAGGUGGCGUACUGUUCUUAAGAGUCGUUUUUAGAAAUGACUGAGAAGUUAAGAAAAAAGCUCCAGCACAAUAGGUCUGCUUUGACCACCCUUAUCAAAUAAGAUAUUCAUAUCCAAAUAUAUUUUUGCUAUCUUAGCAGAUAUUUUUAUAGGAAAGUUGUGCAAACAAUAAGGGCUUGAAUAUAUUGUCUGCUUUGACACAUUAGGUUUGGUUUGGAUUAAGGGUAUUUAAGUUCUAAAGAAACCUCAAACAUUAAACGGCACACGUGUGUUCAUUCACACUUGACAUUCACACAUCGUGAUUGAACAUCAGUGUUUAUGAACCGGUCUUGACACGAAGGUUUUAUUCAUCGCAGAGGUGAAAGGCUGAUGUUGCAGGACUUUGUGAUUUUGGGAACCGUAUCAAAGAACCGUGUGAUGUGUCAUCAUCUGUUGAUACCUAAGCAAAAGCUGAAAACCUGUAGAGUUGUGCAGGCAUCUGUAGGGCAUUCCUCUGAUAUGAUGUGACACUCCAGAGCAGAUCAACACAGGUGUCAUUGUGACGUCUGCAGGCGUCUCUUCUUUCCAAAAACACGGCUGUUAAAAUCCAAUCAAUGCAGGACGACCAAAUCCUCAAAAGCCUUAUUGUUGUAGAGUUCAUACCAGUUCUGUGGUUAAAAACUGCCAGUAGGCUUCUAAACAAAGUAAACAUAAUGAUGAAUUUCUUAAUCUUUUUUUUCAGUUUCUGGCCUGAAGCGAAGGAAUAUCAAUGUAGGUGCCAAUACUAAUAGAUCAGAUGAAGAGUUCAGUGAGCUGCGGGUGAGACGUUUGACGUCUGAGGUUAAACGGAUCACAAAGAGAGACUUGAGCUUUUGUUUGAAAUAAUUAAGAAAGAGUGGUUUACACCUCUUACUGGCCAAACAGAAUUUGCAAUCUUUCUUGAGUAUUGCACCAGAUCUUUCAUCUCUUGCCCUCUGCUUUUUUGUUUCUUUAACAACAGUGAAUGUAAAACUGUUCCUCUGGUCAGGAUAUACACACAUGUUGUACUUAUUUCCUUCUCAAUUUUUACAGUUUAUGAAGGACAUAUGCCUUCAACAUAAUGCAAAUUCUAUGUAGGGUGACUACACUAAAGAUAAAAUAUGUUUCAGUUUUUGCAUCACAUUAACAUACUUUAGUUCACCAAAUGUUUUCUUGUGUUUGUGAAAUGUUGUUCAUUCUGGGAUCCAGCAGUGAUAAAGGGUAACGCAAAGAGUGUGUUUGUGGUACAUUUUGACAUAAUUUACUCAUCCUGAUGAUCCAAACCUUUGUGACUUUUAUUUUAUGGAACACAAAAGAUAAAUAUUUCUAAUGAAAUGUUAUUUUAUAUGAUUGAA